GGGCGGGAAGUUGAAGGGGAGGUGCGGUUCCCGCCUCGCUCGCGCGCCGCUCGGCAGCCGUUGGCGCUGCGCUUCCCGCCUUCCCGCUGAGGGGAGCGCUGCCCUCAGGUGGCGGCGUCUGUGGUACGUGAUGGCACGCGCCAGCGAGCGCGAGGCUGGCAGCACCUCAGAGCUCAGUGCCCUGGUCACAGCGACACAGCUCACCUGUUUUACUGCGCCAAACGGACUGUGAAACUGUGGUGAAUCUCGUGCUGUCCCGUUGUUCGAGGCGCAGCUCGAUUUUUUUGGUAAUGCAAAGAAGGGCACGCGACCUAAACACAGCUGCUACAGAUUGCUCCAUCUGUAGCUGCACAAGCAGCGCAAUUAAAGAAAAAUGUUGGAAAGUUUGUUCUGGUGAAGCAGCAGGGGGAGCUCCUGCAUCAGAAAUCUGCCCGGAUCGCCUCCGCUUCCACACCGGUUUGCCAUCGCCUUCCCCAGGGAGCUGCCCCGCAGACACCAGGCCAACCCAGCGGGACGGCCUUCCCACCGCUCCGUUUAGAAUUCGAGGUCACCUCAUAGCCCCGUACGAUUUGAUUCUGCUCGAAGGUGGAGAAGCUAAGGAAGCUGUCAGUUAAGCCUGAAAGUUGAAAUGCUGGCUAACGAGCUCUUAAUUAGGAGAUUGGAAACCAUUUGUGAAGCUGAAGAUAAGGCGAGGUUUUGGAGGCUUCCAAAGGUUUGUGGCAUGCUAGAGAUCCUGGAAAGAUUCGCAGCUGAACUCGUGUGAUGCUGGGAAGGACCAUCACAUUCAUUCUACCAAGGCUGAGCUCAGUUGUAAUUCUCUGCACUGCUACUGUAUCUUUCACUCUUCAACAUGUGGAAUAAGGGUCUGCGGAAUUAAACCGGGACAGGCUCCUGAAAGUGGAAUUCCAGAGAAGGCACGUGCUGUGAUUUCUUGAAUAAGCCAACGACAUCCUCUGGAUCUUUGUGGAUUUUUAUUACUCAACUGAAAGAGCAAGCAGUGUUGCUAGGUUGCUCUGAAAGCUAGAGAUGGCUCUGCCUUCUCCAAAAUCAAUAGCAGGAGAUCUGACACAAAGAGAAGAACUCAUGCUCCAUAAUGAAAGCUGUUCUCAUUUCCUCUCCACAAACGUCAUCACAGUAGUGGAAAGAUGUAUGAGCUCCAUGCAAGCUGGUACCCAAAUGAUCAAACUCCGUGGUGGUUCCAAAGGGUUGGUCCGCUUCUAUUACCUGGAUGAGCACAAGUCAUGCAUUCGCUGGAGACCCUCCCGAAAGAAUGAGAGAGCCAAAAUUUCCAUCGACUCUAUUCAAGAGGUUUGUGAGGGGAAGCAAUCGGAGAUCUUUCAGCGCUAUGCUGAUGGAAGUUUUGAUCCUAACUGCUGCUUCAGCAUCUACUAUGGAGAUCAUAUGGAAUCCCUUGACCUGGUGUCUCCCAGUGGAGAUGAAGCACGUACUUGGAUCACAGGGCUAAAAUAUCUGAUGGCAGGGAUCAGUGAUGAAGACAGCCUCUCAAAACGCCAAAGAACCAGAGACCAGUGGUUGAAGCAGACAUUUGAUGAAGCAGAUAAAAAUGGUGAUGGCUGUCUGAGUAUUACUGAAGUGCUCCAACUAAUGCACAAACUGAAUGUCAACCUACCCCGACAAAAAGUCAAGCAAAUGUUUAAGGAGGCUGAUACAGACGAUAACCAGGGCACGCUAGGCUUUGAUGAGUUCUGCACCUUCUACAAGAUGAUGUCAACACGGCGUGAUUUGUACUUGCUAAUGCUCACCUACAGCAACCACAAGGACUUCCUGGAUACAGAUGACCUGAGACGCUUUCUGGAGAAUGAACAAAAGAUGACAAAUGUGACCAGAGAACACUGCCUGGAAAUCAUCAACAAGUUUGAACCAUGCCUGGAAAACAAGAAGGCGGGAGCUCUGGGGAUUGAUGGUUUCACCAAUUACAUGCGGAGUCCAUCAGGGGACAUUUUCAACCCAGAACACUACCAAGUGAAUCAGGACAUGAGUUACCCUUUGAGUCACUAUUUCAUUACCUCUUCACAUAAUACCUACCUCAUGGGAGAUCAGCUGAUGUCUCAGUCUAGGGUGGACAUGUAUGCAUGGGUGCUACAAUCCGGCUGUCGUUGUGUAGAAGUUGACUGCUGGGAUGGGCCGGAUGGUGAACCAAUUGUCCACCAUGGAUACACUUUGACUUCCAAAAUUCUCUUCAAAGAUGUGAUUGAAACUAUCAACAAAUAUGCCUUUAUCAAGAAUGAGUACCCUGUUAUCUUGUCAAUUGAGAACCACUGCAGUGUAGUUCAGCAGAAGAAGAUGGCCCAAUAUCUUACAGAAAUUCUGGGUGACAAAUUGGAUCUGUCUUCUGUGCACAAUGAUGACUCUACCAGGCUCCCUUCACCAGCAAGUCUUAAAGGGAAGAUUCUGGUUAAGGGGAAGAAGCUUCCAGCCAACAUUAGUGAUGAUGCAGAGGAAGGUGAAGUUUCUGAUGAGGACAGUGCUGAUGAGAUUGAUGAUGACUGUAAAAUAAUGAAUGGAGAUGCAUCUACUAAUAGGAAAAGAGUGGAGAAUAUAGCAAAGAAAAAACUUGACUCACUCAUAAAAGAAUCCAAAAUUCGGGACUGUGAAGAUCCAAACAAUUUUACAGUUACCACUCUGCCAUCAUCUGGAAAGGCUGGUCAGAAAUCAGACAGUAAGAAGAAUAAACUUGAGGAUGAUGCAGAAUCUGGGGAAGACUUCAGUACCAAUAAAAGGCAUAGCCGAACAUUAAUGGGCAGCUUUUCUAAACGCAAGAAAAAAGGAAGCAAAUUGAAAAAAUCAACCAGUCUGGAAGAAGGUGAAGAUGAUGCUGAUUCUCAAGGAAAUGUAGCCAGAGGCUCUGUACAUUACACCAGGAUAAACCGACAGAAGAAAACAAUGAAGUUGUCCCGGGCACUCUCAGACCUGGUGAAAUAUACAAAGUCUGUCGGCAUCCAUGAUGUUGAAACUGAAAUCUCUUCCAGCUGGCAGGUUUCAUCUUUCAGUGAAACAAAAGCCCACCAGAUACUGCAGCAAAAGCCAGCACAGUAUCUACGUUUCAACCAACAUCAGUUAUCCCGCAUCUACCCAUCUUCUUACCGUGUAGACUCUAGCAACUACAAUCCUCAGCCAUUCUGGAAUGCUGGCUGCCAACUUGUGGCUUUAAACUACCAGUCAGAGGGGAGAAUGCUACAACUGAACCGGGCCAAAUUUAGUGCCAAUGGGAAUUGUGGCUAUGUCCUCAAACCAAACUGCAUGUGUCAAGGCAUCUUUAAUCCAAAUUCUGAAGAUCCACUGCCUGGUCAGUUGAAGAAACAGCUGGUUCUAAGAAUUAUCAGUGGUCAACAGCUCCCAAAACCACGGGAUUCCAUGCUGGGAGACAGAGGAGAGAUCAUAGAUCCAUUUGUUGAAGUAGAAGUUAUAGGCCUACCUGUCGAUUGCUUCAAAGAACAAACUAGAGUAGUUGAUGAUAAUGGAUUUAACCCAAUGUGGGAAGAAACAUUGGUGUUCACACUGCACAUGCCAGAGAUUGCAUUGAUUCGGUUCCUUGUGUGGGAUCAUGAUCCAAUUGGGCGGGAUUUUAUUGGACAAAGAACGAUAGCUUUCAGCAGUAUGAUGCCAGGUUACCGACAUGUAUACCUAGAAGGUAUAGAAGAGGCAUCCAUCUUUGUUCAUGUGGCUAUUAAUGACAUUUGUGGUAAGUGGGCUUCUCUAUGUCAAAAAAAGUCUACUUUUAGAAGCAGAACAUUUUUAGACGCCUUGAAGGUCAAACAAGCGCUGGGCCUAAAAGGCCUAUUUCUCAGAAAUCCAAAGCAGGCCUCCCUGGACAGUCAUGCUGCUGGUCAGCUCCAUCGCAAGCAUUCCUUUAGCAGCCACAUCUUGAGACGGACAGCAAGUGCACCCACCAAAAGCCAGAAGAAGAAGAAGGGCUUUCCUGAAAUUGUUUUUGACACAAAAGACAACAGCUCUGAAGGGGCCAGUGAAGACCACGAAGCAGAAGCUGCCUCACAGCCUUGCUUUGAGCAAGAGCCAGAGUGUGCUUCUCUGUCACCAGCUCCCAGGGAUGGUGCCAGUGGGGAGGUACAUGGCAAAGGGUUGAAAGUAGAUGUCGGCCGUUUCUUGAUGCAGAGGUCAGUCACAUCUUUAUGCAGCCUAGAAACUAUCACUGAAGAGCCUGUUAUUGCAAAUGAAAGCCAUCAUGCCAGCCUCUUCUUUCCUCUACCCGUUACUCCUUACAGUGAUUCUGAAGAAGGCUCUGUGUCUGAUCAUUUCACUGAAUCUCAAACAAAGGGAAGCAACCAAUCGAACCGGCUUCCAGAACCUCCGCUCACUAGAGAACAAAGACAAACUUUGGCUGCAGAAGACCAAGCGCAAAUAGCCACAAAAGCAGCUGACAUUAAUGUAUUAGUCCAAGAUGAUGAGAGGACAAGCAUGGCAGAACCUCUCAAAGAAGAUGAUGGUUGGACGCAGGCAUGCAGUGAAGCUGAAGAUCAAGUUAAUUUGGCAGCGCAUCCUCAAAAAGCGUGGCUGGUGGUGGCAGAAGCUAAGAGUACUGGCCAGCCUGUUGAAAACUGCCAGAAGCAGAAUGACCAAACAGGGCAGAUAUUGAAAGACUUGAAAACCACUGCUGAAUUGAAAAGCCAAAAACCUGGUGCAGCAGCUGUCCUGCACCGAAACAAUGUGAUUAAUGGCACACAUCCAACUUUGUCUCCAGAUAUUUUCCAGAAAGCCCAGGCUGCACAGGCCCUACCUGUUUCUCAGACAAGCUCUUACAUGUUAAUAAGGAAGUCAAAGAGUGAAGGGCUGAAAAAGUCAGACUCCUCAGCUUUAAUAAAAAAUCCAAGUAGCCUAUCUCCAGCAGCAGAAGUAUACUUUGAUGCUACUAUUAAUGACCGGAUCUGGAGCAAGCUAGAUUGCAGCAAUCAUCGUGACAGCAUGUCUUCCUCUUCCAGCAUGUCCUCCAAUGACACUGUGAUAGAUCUGUCUUUACCUAAUCUAGCUCGCAAAAGCCUUCCAGAUCUUGGCAUCCGUCAUGAGAACUUUGAGUCCCUUGCCAUGAGAAAGAGCAUUCGCCCACGUUCUGCUACAGCGUCAUGCAAUGAAAUGCCAAUAGUGAGCAAGAGUAAAUCCAAUCCUAACCUGAGGUCUGACCAGCUGCCAGCGGAUGAAUUAUGCCCCCGUCCUCUUGCAAGGAGUCCUCAGGAUGCAUUCUCAUCCAUUCCUAGGAGGCAUACCUGGAGCAGGCUGUACAUGGAAAGUCUCAGGCAAUCUUCUAACAAAUCCAAAGCACAGGAUAAGGUGGGGAAUAACCAGGCAAAAUCUAAGAGUCUUGGAGACCUUACCUCUGAUGACAUUGUGUGCACUUUUGAAAGCAAAUAUCGUAGCAUCAGCAGGAGUUUUGUCACUCGAUCAAUGCGUGAGCAGCGCCGCUCUGCAGGCCUGAGAACCUCUGUCAAACCCCAGGAUGAAUUGACUGAGCAGCUGAAGAAGCUAACGGCCUUUCAGCAGGAAAAUGAUAUAACUUCCCCCAUCAGUCUUGAUCCAACUGAAUCUGAAGAGGAAGCAGAGAGCUUAGGACUCCUUCGCAGGUCAUCAUCUCGCAGUCAGAGCAGGGUGCGGUACAUUGCCAACAGAGCCAAGCAAGCUCAGGAGAGACAGCGACUGCAAAGCCUGGGCCAGCUCAGUGGGAGUCCCAUUGAAGAGAGAGGAAAUCCAGAGGGAGCCUGCAGUGUUGCAAAAGCAGUUUGUAUGGAUAUAGCAUCUCCUGCUGUGUUUACAUCCCAGCCUAAGAACCAAACUGAUUAUAAUACUGACACAGAAGUCUUCUUUAUGCUGAAACUGUAAUUCUGGGGGGCACUGAGUAAGGUGAUGUUUACAUUCAAAACAAAACACAGUGACCUGAGAAGCACAAAUUAUCCCUGUAUGGCUUAGUGCUUCCUGGCCUUCCCUUGAUGGUAAAGGUACUUAAGAUCCUGACUCCAAAAGAUUAGAUGAGUGUUAGACUUGUCAUCCAUCUGUGGAAUUCGAUCAACCAAGUGAAAUCAGAGACAUAUUUUUACAGUCUUAAUUAUCUAACCUCCUUUUUCUUUUUCUAUUACACUUUUUUCCAGCCUCGAAUCUGGCCUCCUUUGUGUGUGACCACUUAUUUGCACUUGCAAGUUGCUCUGUGCAAAACUUUUGAUCCUUAUUACUUUCAUUAAUUGCUUUGUCUAACAGUUAAACAUCAGCGAUGUUAGUGACAGCUAAUGUUACUCUUAUUAAGUAUGUAUCCAUGAAAGGAGGCUGGAUUUGAUGUCACGUAGCUUGUUUUGGUGUUUUCUUGAAGAGCUGGAGGCAUCUGGGAAACAGUCAAAAUUGCAGUGGAAUUCUUUCCUUAAUCAAUAAUAUAGUAGAUAAAGUCCAUCUUUUAUCAUGGACUUGUUUAUUUCAGUGAAAAUCCAUAUUGUCACACCCUUUAAAGAAAGAAAAUCUGUUGCCAUGUUCCAAAGGAAUGCUUUUUUUUAAACCAAACUUGUUUAUAUAUAUAUAUGUAUAUAUAUAUAGAAAAAUAUAUGUAUGCAUCCGUGUGUAUGCAGGUAUAUGUCUGCUUGUAUGUGUACACAUGCACACACUUUAACUGAACUGUGACUGUUUCUUGUCUCAAAACAUCAUUUGUGGGAAUGAGAUGAGAAGGGGGAAUUAGUCAAAAAAGACAGGAAACAUCUUCUGACACUAAUUCAGAAAUGACUAAAAAGCACACUGAUCUUUUCUUGAAAACAGAACCAUCCCUUCUUUGUGGUAUUUUAACAAUGCUGCUGUACAUAGCACUUUUUUGGAUGAAUUUUACUACUUCUGUAUUGCACUGCCAUGCAAAAUUUUCAAUGAUAUGUUUUAAAAUAUAUUUAAUUUUUUUAGAUGAACAUAUUUGGAGUUAUAGCAAGCUAAACAGAAUAACCAUUUUUCCUCCCCCUUUUUUUUUUUUUUUACUUUUUUUUAAGGUGUUUUCUCCAUCCCAUCUCCCCCCUCCAAAGUCAUUUAUUAUAGAUGUAUUUUAUCAGUGAUGGAGAAGAUUGUUUACUGAGAUGCAUUUUAAAGAGAAACAGAGGUUUAAUUUUAUUUUCAAGGUGCAUAGAGUCCCUAUUAUUGAGAAAAUAUUUUGCUUUUGUUUGUAAUGAUUCUUCUGUGUAUAUUGCAAAAUCUAAAACCACCUUGUACUACCAAAAUAAACAUAUUUAAUCUUCCA